AUGGAGACGUCCAGGCACCGCUCGUCGCACGGCAUGGAAGCAUACGUCACUGUGUCACGCCUGUCCUCAUUGGCUGCCAGUCUGAGCCGUUCGGGCAGCACCACUGAAAUGAAGACAACGGCAGCCACGUUGACAACGGCAACGGCAGCAACGGCACCGGCAGCAACGGCACCGGCAGCAACGGCAGCAACGGCGGCAACGGCAGCAACGGCGGCACCGGCAGCAACGGCGGCAACGGCGGCACCGGCGGCACCGGCAGCAACGGCGGCACCGGCGGCACCGGCAGCAACGGCGGCACCGGCAGCAACGGCGGCACCGGCAGCAACGGCAGCAACGGCGGCAAUGGCGGCAACGGCAGCAACGGCAACGGCGUCUUCGUUCAAGCCAGUGUCUCAUGUCAUUUUUGACGCGGACGGCCUUCUGUUAGACUCGGAGAAGUUGUACACGACUGCUGCUCAGACUAUGGCCUCGCGCUACGGCAAAAAGUACACCUGGGAACUGAACAAGCGGAUGAUGGGAGCGUCCGCAGCCGACGCGGCGCGCAUGAUGGUCGAGACCCUCGGUCUGCCCCUGACACCGGAGGAGUACAUGAAGGCGGUGCGUCCCAUUUACGAGAAGAUAUUCCCCGACGCCCAGCUUAUGCCCGGAGCCGAAAGACUGGUGUGUCACCUACACGCGCAUGAUGUCCCGAUGGCGAUUGCGACUGGUUCCAAGCAAUCCUCGUUCGACCUGAAGAUGACGCACCACCAAGACUUCCUGGCCUUGUUCCAUCACACGCUCUGCGCGGACGGCGACCCUGCAGUAAAGCGGGGCAAACCGUACCCAGAUAUAUUCCUUGUGGCCGCGUCCAAGUUCGACAAAAAACCACCACCGGAGAAGGUACUCGUGUUCGAGGACUCGGAGAAGGGCGUCGCGGCUGCCCUCGCUGCCGGCAUGCAGGUCGUCAUGGUUCCCGAUCCUCGCAUCGAAAAAGAGAGUCGGCGUAAGGCCACCAUUUGCAUCUCCUCGCUGCUCGAGUUCAAGCCCGAGCUCUUUGGUCUUCCACCUUUUGACACUCCCGCACCGGAUCCGAAGAAACCUGCGCAAACUUCCAGUCGUUCCUCAUCAGUGCCUCGCUCCCUGUCUGUCACAUCCGUUCCCAGCAAAGUGUGA